AAACAAAACAGAAAAACGACCAACUGGAGAAAUGAACUAGGGCAUGAGUGCUUAUGCAGACGAGUUGAAAGGCACACAGGAAGAUAAAUAGGAGUGUGGGCAGGAAGGAGAGAGAGGGAGAGAGGAUGACGCUCUGGUAGAAGGUGGCUACAGUAGGCAGUGGGCGUGUUCUUGUUGUUGUGAUCUAUAGCUGGGAAGCUCAGUGUCAUCCUGCUUAAGCACAGAGCGACUGUACAGACCUGUGUGGACGAGCAGGGCAGAGGGAGCCGGCAGGGAAUGCCAUACACACACCGCUCUGUGUCACAUCGGUCUCAACCUCCAGGGCACUGUGGAGCGGGAUUGCUUCCACCUGUGCAAGACAUUUCGUGCGUUCGGACAUAUCAAACGCAAGAGGAGAGACAUUCUGGGAAAGAAGCACCAGAAAGACUGUGAGCGCCUGGUCUGCAGCUGCAAGAGGAGUUUUGACUGUUUCGAGAGUGCUAGUGUGAAUUUGUGUCAUGCUUGCGGGUGUGGUCUGUUGCUGCGCCGCAUCUUCCUUCUGUCUCUAGCAAGUGCAGAUGCGUGGAGCGGUGAAGCUGGCACCUGGCAAGGAGUUCAUCACCAUCUGGACUGGAGGGCUCACAUCUCCCUUUUCUGCCCAGGGGAGGGAGCGUUGGGCCAGGGCACCCGAUGGCCCAGCUCCCCCUCUAGCCCACAGCCUUAUCUCGGGUCACAGUGACUCCUUCUAGCAAGUCAAUCAGGUGGACCAUACAAUGGAUGCAAGUGUAUGUGGAUUUAAGUGGAAUAGUGCAUGGGUGCUCCAGCAUAGGUCAGAGUUCACUAGCGUGCACCAGACUCAUCAGGGGAACACAGAAGACACGUUGGUCCACAAACCAGCAAGAACGCAGCCCCAUUAAUGCUGUGGAAACACUUGAAGAAUGAUGAGCUCCAAAGAGGAGGAAACUCUCCGUUUUUUCCAGUAUGUUGAGGAGAAUGGGCUGAGAGCCUACAACGGCCUGGUAGCUCAGAACUUGGACCACGCCAGGAAUGAGAGAAAUAGGACAUUCCUGCAGGAGAAAAACGACAAGAAGAGAAAACAGGAGGAAGCCAUACGGAGGACAGGUGAGGACAUUGCGACCGAAGGCAAGCACUUACGCAUGGGCUCCAUUACAAUGCCGGACCCCCAGGAAUGCAUGCCCCACCCGCAUGCCCUCGCCUGUGGGCAAGGCUUCUCCGUGCGCUCCCAGUCCCUCCACUCUGUCGGCGGUGGGAGCAGUGGGGGCGGAGGAGAGGAGGAGGUAGGAAGCCCGACCUCUAGGAAGCAGCCCCCACCCAAGCCCAGGAGGGACCCGGCCACCAAGCUGAGCAUGUCGUCUGAGGCGGUGGACUACAGUCCCACGUCCACCUGCCGCGGGGAGAGAUGUGACGCAGCUCAAGGAUGCAGUGAGGACUGCAGGAGGGUGCCGCCACCCAAACCUAAGAGGAACCCCAACACACAGCUGAGCGUCUCCUUCGAUGAGUCCUACAUCAAGAGCCACGCGGGCAACGGGGUUUGCCCCUCCAGACCCCUCCACCAUGUCACCUCCCCCUGCGAGCGAAACGCCUCGCCUCCGCAGAGUGAUGAGAGCCCGACUGACGACUGUGAAGACGAACCUGUCUACAUCGAGAUGGGCGGGAUCGAUAUCGGCCCACGGGAACCCUUGAAGAGUGAGGACGAGGAGCCGGGAGAGUCCGUGUACGAGGAGAUGAAGUACCCAGCUCUGGACGAUAUGGAGUACCGCACCGACCCUGUGGGGUGUCGCUCCGCGUGCCCCACCCCGGCACCCUAUGAACCUGAACCUCUCAGCCGCUGCUCCACCCCACGAAACAUUCCGCUCUGUGACAUUCCUGCACCCUUCCCCAAUUUACUCACCCAUCGGCCUCCGCUGCUGGUGUUCCCACCGUCGCCAGCCCAGUGCUCGCCAAACUCAGACGAGUCUCCCCUUACCCCUCUCGACGUAACCAAACUGCCCAUGAUGGAGAACCAGUCCUACAGCAAAUCUCCAACAUCCUCCAGCGAGCCACCUUCCUCUGCACACAUCCGUAGGGAGCUCACUGCCACCCCGACCCUCACCGUCUCCGGCCGCUCCUCUGCGCCACCUCUGCCCUCUACCCUCUACAAAUCCUCCUCCUCAUCCUCCUAUCAGCGCAGCCAUUCCGCUUGCCCGUCGCCAGUCAGCAUGGGCCGCUGUCUCACCCCUCUCAGCCUCAUGCGUACGCCUCCCUUCGAUGCUCCCAUGCCAUUCCCCGGUGGUCUGCCACGGAGUGCCUCCGCCACCCCUCACGGCAAAGGCUCGCCACCUCAAGAUGGUGGGGGCCGACUCCAUGGCUCCAUGCAGAAUGUGUCGACAGGGCGUUCACGGACACCCACCAGUCCACUGGACGAACUCACCAACCUGUUCACGACAGGCAGGAACAUGCUGAAGAAAAAUGCCAGUGGCAGGAAGUCUAAAGAGCCUGGAGAGAUCGAGUCCAAAAGCAAGUCUCACAGCGAGUCCAAGCGUGAGGGCAAGGAGCGCCACAGCCACGGUCACAGCAAGGAGUCCAAGCGAGACUCCAAGGAGCGCCACAGCAAAGAGUCUUCUCACCGGAGAGACAAAGACAAAGACAAAGACAGAGACAAAGACAAAGACAAAGACAAAGACAAAGACAGAGUAAAGGACAGAGACAAAGACAGAGUAAAGGACAGAGUAAAAGACAGAGACAAAGACAGAGUAAAAGACAGAGACAAAGACAGAGACAAAGAUAAAGAAAGACGGAGCAGCAAUGUAGAGCCCCUUCCCAACAGACGCAACAGUAAAGACCGUACUUAUAGCGGUGCAGAUGCGCCACCUGUUUGCAGGGAUAGCAGGGACCAGGGUUGCAGCAGUGUAGAGCCCAUCCCAUUGAUAAGAAGAGACUCCAAGGACAGAGGGCUUAGCAAUGGUGAUCUGAUGCUAAGGAGAGAUAGCAAAGAUCGAGGCGGGGGACAAGGAAUGGAACCUUUGGUGAGGCUGGACAGCAAAGACAGGCUGCUAGAUCAGCCACCUGAGCUGUUACAAAGACAAGACAGCAUGGAAAGGGCAAAAAACGGUGUAGACGGUCGACACGAAAGCAGAGAGAGACUGCUGGAUCAGCCACCUGAGCUCCUACCACGACAGGAUAGCAAAGAGAGAGCCAGGAACGGCGUGGACUCAAAGCAUGAAAGCAGAGACAGGCCACCUGAGCUUCUCCCCCGAUCAGAGGGCAAAGACAGAGCUAGAACCGGAGCAGAAUUUAGGCACGACAGCAAAGACCACCGUCCUGAUCUGUUACCCCAACAGGAUGUCAAAGAGAGAGCAAGAAAUGACGCUGAGCAUAGACACGAAGGUAGAAUAGACCAGCCACCAGAGAUCAUUCCCCGACAAGAAACAUCCAGAAACAACAACUGCAAGGACAGGGUUGGCUACGGCUCUGAGUCCAAGCAUGAAGGGAGAGAUCGGAGCUGCCACAACGGUGGAGAACUCCCUCCUCCUCCUCUGCCCAGACAGGACAGCAAAGAUCUGAGGAGAACUGGACUCGAGGUGAGACGGGACAGCAAAGACCGAAGUCCGAAUGGCUCGGAGCAGCAUCAUUAUGAUGCCAAAACCACCAAGAGCCCCUCUGCGAUGGAGUACAGGUGUGACAGUAAAGAACGAGGACACAGAUCAGAUGGCACGCCCAGACGAGAUAACAGGGCCAAUCACAGCACGGACCAAUCAAAAGCACAAGAGAGGAACGGCAGCACAGUGUCAGGGCAGCAUUCAUCCACCACGACGCCCACUCACCACGGGAGAUCAUCAGGUAGCCCGCCAUUGACCACGGGAACGGCAAAUGAUCUGAAAGUAGCACCUAAGUAUGGCCGCUCACCUUCUAUGCCCGCUAACCCCUCCCCAAUGGGAACUCCACAAAGGAAAGCAGCAGAGACGCAUCACAGUCAGAUGCCCCAGAUGCCGUGGAUCUGCGGAGACACCACCAUGCUGGACCAGAUUGAAAGGAAGCGCACCCUCUGCAUGGAGAUCCGCUCCAGGCAACAUCCACACCUGCAGAGAUCUCUGGAGAGGCCUCCUCCUCCGGACAGGAACGAGGAGAGGCACCAGGAGCGGAGUCAGUGCAAGCAAGAAAGUGCACCUGUCCUCCCGGGCUGGGGGAAAAGCAGCGGGGCCAAAAAGAUCCGUCCUCCCCCUUACCCUACACAGAAAACCGUAUUCUGGGACACGGCCAUCUGAGAGUAACCACACACACUUGCACCUCCCUGCCA